AUGACUAGUUUAAUAGAUAAGAUUGAAAUGUUGAUAAAGCGAGAGAAAACAACACCUGACCGAAAAAAAGACGAUACAACAAAGUCAUCCAGUGAAAUACUCUCUGAACUUUUUAGUGCUUUUAAUGCGGACCCUCCGAAAAUUGAUGAUAUUGCUUUUAAAAAGGCCAAAAAAAGCAAGAAGAAACAUAAAAAGGAAAAGAAGAAACGCAGUCGAAGCGCCAGCGUUAGUAGUGAUAGUGAUUACAGUAGGAAACGUAAAAAGCGAAAAAAGAGUAAGUCUAAAAAACGUAAGGAGGAUGGCUCACCCUCACGCCGUCGUUCAAAAUCACCUAUAUCUAAAAAAGAAUUAAAGGUAAAGAUUAAAAACGAACUGGAUAAAAUAAAUCAAGAGGCGCCGGUUAAAGUUAAAGAAGAAUUGAAAAUCAAAACCGAACCGGUUAAGACAGAAGUUAUUAAGGACGAUACGAAUGACUCCUGUAUAGUACUGGACGAUGAUAUUGAUGCUAGUGAAAUCCCCAUGCCGGAAUCUCCGAUUGACAAGCUUAAAUCAGAUCUGAGAUCGAAAUUAGAUAAAAAACAGGAAAAUGUAGCAGAUAAUGACAAAACAAAAAGUAAAAUACAAAUUAAGAAUCUGAAGUUCAGUACGGUUUUCGAAGAAACUGUGAAAAAGGCUGAGGAGGAAGCUAAGAAGAAAAAGGAGAAAUUGGAAGAAGGAGAAUACACGGAUUCAUCGAGUAGUUCGGAUGGCGAUGAAGUAUCUAACUCACAGUUUCCUAAGUCAUCGGAUCUAGUCGGAAUAUUAAGACAACAGGCUGCUGAAGAAACUAAAUUAAUCGAAGAGCAAAAAACUGUAAAUAGAGUGAAAACUACAGAAAAAUCACAUAAAACUUCACAUAGAGAUAGGAGUCAACUAGUAGAAAACGUUCCAAAUCUCGUUCAACGUCACGUCACAGAAGACGUCACAGGAGUCGCUCCAAAUCCCAUCACAGAACCCGGUCGAGAUCCAGGCGGAGUCACUCAAGACAUCGAUCCAGAUCCAGGAGAUCCAGGUCGAGACAUCGAUCCACAUCGCGAUCCAGACAUCGAUCCACAUCGAAAUCUAGACAUCGCUCGUCAUCGAAAUCAAGACACAGGUCUCGACACUCAUCGAGACAUCGGCGGAGAUCUAGGUAAAUUUUCGCAUAUAAGGAUAUAUGGAUCUCCAACCGGCGUCCGUUUAGCCGACAGUGAAAAGAAGCGUUUGUUAGAAGUAGCUCGACGUAAUGCUAUUAACAUGUUGAAGAACGGCGCUGUUCCCGCCGGAGCAGCCGCCCUCCCGCCACAUACACGGAGUCAGGUCAUGGCUGCUAUACAGUCUGGAGGUAAAUCAGUGGAUGAAUUGACAGAUUUCUGUAAACAUUUAUCAAAGAAGGAAGCUCUGGGUGAGCUAUCAUCUGUGUCAUCCAAUGAUGAAGAUAUGUCAGAGAAUGAAGACACAAUAGCCUUCCACCAUCCAUUCCUGGUCAAGGAAAAAGCGCCCAUUAUUAUGAAUAUAAGGGGUGGCGCUCCAUUGCCGACCAAAACCAGUCUCCCUGUAGCAAAUAAAGAUGAACUACGACUACAGUUCCCUGUGUCAUCGGGAACACAGCAUAGAGAGAAAGCUGAUACAACGGAUAACGAAGAUAUGCAAGUGGCGAUCAUAAACAAUAAGCCAUCGAGUCCAUUGGCGAAAACAUGGGAACCAAUCGCCCUUCCAGCGCCCAAACCGGAUUAUUUAAAAGUGUUCACAGGUGGAAACAGUCUGAGCACAGUUCCUGCAUUGCCAGCCCCUCCAUCAACAAUAGACAAGGCAAAGGAUGUUGCAUCAAUAGUGUCAGAGAAGUUGUCUUUAAUAAGAAAAGAACAAGAAACUUAUGAAGUUACACCUACACAUGGGUUCGGGUUCAAGAAUUCAUCCCUGGGGCAAUUCACGGGGUCCACAGGAGCUCAAAUACUGACCCCAAGAGAACUAGCCAGCGGGGCUCAAGCGUGGGCUAAGAAGGAUCAGUUGGUGCGAGCUGCUCCCGUUGAAGGUGGGAUGGGAAUGCAUCUGCUACAGAAAAUGGGUUGGACUCCCGGUCGGGGUUUGGGCAAAGAGGGCACUGGGGCGUUACAACCCCUAUUGUUAGAGGUCAAGCUGGACACAAGGGGUUUAACGUCUAAAGAGGAGGUCAGUAACAGGCGUGGAAGGCACGUGAAACCGCAGCGUAUAGGUCGUCGUGGCCCGGCGCCGCUCGUGGCUGGAGGGAAACACCCUGUAUCACUUCUUGGUGAAUACUGUUCAAAACAGAAGCUCGGACCUCCGGAGUACAGUCUUUGCUUCGAAUGUGGACCAGAUCAUAAGAAGAAUUUCUUAUUUAAGGUAAAAGUAGCAGGUAUAGAAUAUCAGCCGGCCGUAGCAAGUGCUAACAAGAAACAGGCUAAAGCCGACGCCGCUCAACUAGCAUUGCAAAAGCUAGGAAUUGUAACAUAA